AUGUCAAAAGAUAUGUAUACAAGGGCAGAUGAGGUAGAUUUGAGUAAGUUGGAUGAUGUGCAAUUGAAUACACAACUAGCAAACAUAAUGUCUAAAAAAAGUGAGAUUCAAGAAGAAUGGGAGAUUGAUUUAGAAAAAUUGGAAAUUAAUAAAGAUGUUAUUGAUCAUGGUAAAUAUGGCACACUUUAUAAGCAUGGUGUUUAUGAUGGUCAAGAUGUGGCAGUGAAGCUAUUAGACUGGGGUGACGAGGGCAUGGCCACUGCGGCCGAAGCCCUCACUCUCCGUGCAUCCUUUCAGCAAGAAGUCAUGGUUUGGCACAAACUUGACCAUCCAAAUGUCACAAAGUUCAUUGGAGCUUCAAUGGGAACGUGGGAUCUCAAUGAUAAGGAUCCAUCAGACGACACUACUACUUCAGAUACCGAAACAACAGAUUAUUCUUUGCCCUCUAGAGUCUGUUGUGUUCUAGUUGAAUAUCUUCAAGGCGGGACGCUCAAGAAAUACUUGAUCAAACAUUAUAGAAAGAAACUAUCUUACAAGAAUGUUGUUCAACUUGCUCUUGAUCUCUCUAGAGGCUUAAGCUAUCUUCACUCCAAGAAAAUUGUUCAUCGUGACGUUAAAACAGAAAAUAUGUUGUUAGAUGAGAAUGGAAGGCUUAAAAUUGCCGAUUUUGGAGUGGCUCGUGUUGAAGCUCAAAAUCCUACAGAUAUGACCGGUGCAACUGGUACUAUCGGUUACAUGGCACCUGAGGUAAUUGAUGGGAAACCUUACGACAGGAAAUGCGAUGUAUAUAGUCUUGCUAUAUGCUUAUGGGAAAUAUAUUGCUGCGAUAUGCCUUAUUGCGAGUUUACCUUCGCUGAUCUAUGUCACGCAGUUGUUCAUAAGAAUUUACGACCAAGUAUACCAAAGUGCUGUCCACGACCAUUUGCCAACAUUUUAAAGAAAUGUUGGGAUGCAAAUCCCGAAAAGAGACCAGAGAUGGCAAAGGUAGUGAAUAUGUUGGAGGAAAUCGACACCAGCAAAGGAGGUGGAAUGCUACCUGAGGAUCAAAAAGUCACUGGUUGUUUCUGCGUCAAGCCACCUCGUGGUCCUUGA